UCUCUCUCUCUCUCUCUCUCUCGACCGCACCUUAUAUAAAUCAACACUACGACAGACUCCUUCAAGGCUCUCUCUCUCUCUCUCUCUCAAUGCCGCUCUAUCUCCCCUGAUUUUUUCGCAUUCUCCCAUCCAUGGAAAUGCCAUCAGUCGUUCCAAGCAAAAAUCGCCGUAGAGUCUGCUUCUCCUUCGCAGCCUAUUCCAAGACUCUCAUCGACCAUCUCAAGACCUGCAAAAUUCCCGUCCUAGACGGCCUUUCCGACAUGGAAUUCGCCGCGAUCGAAUCUUCCUUCGGCUUCGUUUUCCCGCCUGAUCUCCGAUCGAUCCUCCGCGAAGGCCUGCCCAUCGGACCCGGUUUCCCGAACUGGCGAUCCUCGCCUCAGCAGCUUCAGAUCCUUGUCGAUCUCCCUAUCACUAUCCUCUGUAGCGAGAUCUCGAAGCGGAACUUCUGGUGCCGGUCCUGGGGCACGAAGCCGGAAAAUCCUCAGGAGGCACUCAUCCUCGCCAAAAAUUCGAUAAAAAAAUCGCCAAUUCUGGUCCCGAUUUAUCGUCACUGCUACAUACCAUCCGAGCCAAAUCUCGCCGGCAAUCCCGUUUUCUACGUUCGCGGCAGCGAAUUCCGGUACUCCGGCUUCGACGUUGCCGGAUUUUUCCAGAAGGAAUUCCGUCCGGAGAACGGAAUUUCCCGACCUCCGUCACCGGCCUGGGCGGCAAAAUCUGCUAGGAGGAUUGAGUUUUGGUCGGAUUUGGCGGAGGGGAAGGAGGUCACGUGCGAAUCGAGGGAAGGCACGUGCGGGUGGUGGGAGGUGACGUCCGGGGACGGGAGGGUCACGUGCAGGAAGUGUGGUGGGCUGGAGGGAUGGUUCGAAGAGAUGGGAUGGAGGCUGAGGGAAGGCGGGUGGAAGGAGGAGGAGGUGAGGGAGAUGAUGGAGGAAGAAGGAAAGGUCAGACGCGUCGGUCUCAAGGAUAGGGCGAGUGUGGUGUGGCACGUGCGACUGCUGUCGCUUGGGAUGAGAAAGGCCGGGUGGAGUAUGGAAGAUGUGGUGGAGUCGCUGGGGUUUCAGGAUUGGGUGAUAGUACCAAGUAGGGGCCCACAUCCUUGUUAAAGGCUACAAGCGCCAGUCUAAAAUCUCAGCCGUUCAUCGAUCUCGACCUUGUAAGUAGCAGUGUCUAAAAAUCAACCCAAUCAGCCCACUAGGUGGGCCACCGUGGUACAAAAGUUGUGGACCGUUAAAAGAACAAAACGAAGGUCCAUCCUCAAUAUACCACGAUUGGCACGUGUGCCAAGUUGCCAUUCAUGAUCUUGGGUUUUUUAAACCGGAUUUUACCAAAAAAUUCUCUACAAUCCGGAUUUUAACAAAAAAUGCAUUUGCUUUUUAUAAGUACUGAAAUGACUUCUUUGUGAGGUGCAAUGACCAAAUUGCCCUCAUCUGGUUUUUAUAACUAGGGGGUGUGACUAAGCAUUUUGGGGCAUGUGGUGUCUGUAUGACGUCCAAGCCUCCCCACAGGUGGGCCCUGCUAUGACGAUCGGAUGAAGAAAAUAACAGCUGAUCCCAUCAUCAGGUGGGCCACACCACAAAAGACCAUGUACACCUUCCGAAUUCACGUGUAGCCCGUUUGGACAUGUUGCGUGUCAUACACAUCCCAUGUGGCCCCCAAUGCUCGAUUACAUCACUUGUUUGAAAAAAGAAUAGGCAAGGCAUUGUUUGGUAAAAUCAGAAUUCUUUAGGAAUUUGCAGUAAAGUUUUCAUAAUUUUGGUAAUUCUUUUUAGAAAUUCGAAUAAGGGAUUUGAUUUUUUGAUAUUCUAUGUUUUUUUUAAUGAUAGAUUGUACAGAAAAAUAAUUUGCAAAUUUCAAUGGAAUUCCUUUAUGUAGAAAA